AUGAGUGAACGGAAACCCAAAACGAAAGUAGCUUCUUCAGCUCCUCGUUCCAGUCAACCAAAGCGUUCGACAAAAUCAACCUUCUUCACAUGUUCCACUUUGAUUGGAGUUGUCCUAUCCGUGGUUGCUGCUCUAUUAUUGACACAUUUGUUCGUCAAAAGUCCCAUUGAUGCUGUCUCAUUCACAAUGCCUGAUCCUCCGGAUUUAAUCGAUGACGUUCGGCUAGCUCAAUCGGAAAUUCAUUUAAAUGAUCAAAUCUACGGACCAGAGUCUAUAGCAGUUCAUCCAACCACAGGCAAAAUUUACACUGGUUUGAAAACAGGAUUGAUAUGUGAAAUUGAGAUGGUUAAGAACAAGGCUAAAAUAGUCAGAGGUUUGAAGCUAACUUCUCUGGAUGGUUGUGAUGGAGGCUAUCAUAAUAUGGAGAAAUGUGGACGACCUUUAGGAAUGAGGUUCAAUAAAGAUGACGAACUGAUCGUAGUAGAUGCUUACUUGGGAGUUUUCGCGAUAGACUGGACAAAAGAAAAGGUACAUAAAAUUCUUUCCGGAGGUGCCCAGCUUGAGGAAGUAGAUCAACCACCUGUUAGAUAUUUGAACGACCUCGAUUUUCUCCCUGAUGGUAGAAUCGUUCUAACUGAGUCGAGCACUAAGUUCGAUGAUAAAGAUUUCUUAUGGGAUUUGUUUGAACACAGACCGAACGGCCGUGUACUCCUACUUAACCCCAAGAACGGAGCCAUCAGCCUUCUAGCUGACAAUCUCUACUUCCCUAACGGUGUUCAAGUUUGGAGAGGAAAAGUAAUUGUUGCCGAGAUGGGAAUGGCUAGAAUCGUAAAAAUUUCACCAUCAUCUGGGGACGUCACCGUUCUCAUCGACAACCUGGCCGGUUAUCCUGAUAGUGUUCGUAAAUCUGCCGAUGGAAAACUAUGGAUACCCUUGGCUGCACCCCGAACAUCUCAAGAUAAUUGGUUAAAUGAGAGAGCCAGACUGAGAGAAAUAAUGACUAAGGUCUUGUCCCCUCAAGCGUUACAGUUAGUUGUUGAUCAGUUCACUCCUGCCAUUGCUGUUGUCCACAAGUUUGAUCCCGAAAAUGGAAAAAUUUUGGAUACAUUAAUGGACAAAUCUCAAAAAAUAGUAUCGAUUUCUUCAGUUGUUGAAGAUCUUGACGGCAAUUUGCUAUUUGGUAGUGAUGCCAAUUACUAUCUUGGCCGGCUUGUCAAAUCAAAUUUUUAA